UGAGUGUGUCUGUGUGUGUGUGUGUGUGUGUGUGUGUGUUUGUCCGCCUCGCCCGGAUGUUAGCUGACCGACAGUGUCGCUGUUUCUAAUUUCAAUGUCUCGCUCCGCCCAACAGGAAGAGGUCAGUUGGAAAACACAAGGAGGUUCUCUCCCCAGAGUUAAACACCCUCGGCACCGGGAGUCGAGGACCUUAAAGCCCCCGCCCUGGGAACAGUCCUGCUGCCCUGCGCAGGUUCUCUCCACCGAGGCCAUGGUCCUCCAUCGAUGGGACUAAUCCGAAGUCUGGCCGCUAAUUUGACUCGAGUGCGCCAGAGAGCCGCUAGGAACCAGCAGCAGAUGAUGACGUCAAGACGGCGCAGUGCGCGCAGGACGGACGGGGUGGACAAAAACGUGUGGGUUGAAUUCACUCAACUGGCGGCGGAGUACAAAGUGGUGAACCUGGGACAGGGAUUUCCUGACUUCUCCCCUCCUCCGUUUAUCCAGGAGGCUUUUUGUAAAGCAGUGAGCGGAGGACCCACGAUGCACCAGUACACCCGAGCUUUUGGCCACCCGCCUCUCGUGAAGUCUCUGGCUAAAUUCUUCAGUGGGAUUGUGGGACAUGAGAUUGACGCUCUCGAGGACAUCCUGGUCACAGUCGGAGCGUACCAGGCGCUCUUCUGUGCAUUUCAGGCUCUGGUUGAUGAAGGGGACGAGGUGAUAAUUGUCGAGCCGUUCUUCGACUGCUACCAGCCGAUGGUGGCGAUGGCUGGAGGAAAAGCAGUGUAUGUACCUCUGAGGCCAAAAUGCGAGAGCGGCGCCGUCCUGUCGAGUGGAGACUGGGUUCUUUCCGCAGAGGAGCUGGCCAGUAAAAUCACUGCUUGCACAAAAGCCAUUGUCAUCAACACUCCCAACAACCCGAUAGGAAAGGUUUACAAGACUGAAGAGCUCCAGAUGAUUGCGGAUCUAUGUAUCAAACACGACCUGCUGUGCAUCAGCGACGAGGUGUACGAGUGGCUGACCUACGACGGAGCCAAGCACGUAAAGAUCGCCAGCCUCCCCGGCAUGUGGGAGCGAACCGUCACUGUCGGCAGCGCUGGGAAGACUUUCAGCGCCACCGGAUGGAAGGUCGGCUGGGCUAUGGGCUCUGGACAAGUCAUCAAACACAUGAAAACCAUCCAUCAGAACACUGUUUACCACUGUGCAACGGCUGCUCAGGAGGCGGUAGGUCAUGGAUUUGAGAGGGAGCACAAGCUGUUUGGGAGUCCAGAGAGCUACUUCCAGCAGCUGCCUGCCACUCUGCAGCAAAAGAGGACGAAGCUGGCCGCGUGUCUGGAGAGUGUGGGCCUGCAGCCCGUCAUGCCCGAGGGAGGCUAUUUUAUGAUCGCCGACAUCUCCUCCGUCAAGGUGAACCUCAAUGACCAGAGCACUGAUGAAGCUGAUGAUUUCAGAUUUGUUAAAUGGCUAAUUAAAGAGAAGGGUUUAGCAACAAUCCCCGUCUCUGCCUUCUACAGUCCAGAGCACAGGAAAGAGUUUGACAACUACAUCAGAUUCUGUUUUGUUAAGGAGGACUCCACCUUGGAUGCAGCAGAGGAAAUCUUGAGAAAAUGGAGUCAGGAACAGUAGAAUUGUCCGUCACGUGAAGCUUUUACCCCUCCAAGCGACUCAAAACUGACUUUGUCCUCCUUCUUAGUCAAAAUGAGCCAGAUUGUGUGUUUUAGAGAACUGUAAGGUGCACAAACACAGCAUCCACUUUCCACGUGCCCUUAAACUGCGACUGUGAAAACACUCAGGCUUUGACCAAUAAAAGAAAUCCUUUUUAAUGGUCCUGUGCAGAGAUUUUAUGGAGCAACGUAUUGAUUAUAUGUUUUUAAGUAUUAUAACUAUUUUCUGUCAAUUUGGAAGAAAAUAUUUAGGUGUUUUUUUUCCCCUUUUAAAUUAAAUGAUGUACUUCCACAUUUUAA